AUGCUUGUACGUGGCGGCAAAGUUGAGGUGCAAAAAGAGACGGAAGGAGAUGCUACACAUAAGAUAUGGAUUGCAGACAUCAUCAACUUGGAUGUUUGA